AUGCUGUCGUCCGUCGCUCUUCUCGAACUGUGCAUAAUAUGGAGUUUACUGACGAGUUCCUGGUCUUGCACCGAACAAGCGACGAGAUACCGUUACCGUAAGUACAGAAAAUACAACUCACACGGGAAAGUGGUUUGCGAAAGCAAGCCAAACUCGAGCAACAGGAAAAAAACGCGUGUGUUUUCAGCGGCGAGAUAUGGGUACUCGAACUCGGCAGAGUACGCGGGAACGGUCGAGAAAUGGCCAGAGACGGAAUCGUGGCACACUGGGGAUCCCUGUGUCCGGCGUAGAAUGAUCCCUGGAGUGAUCCGAAGGGACACGCGAGAUCGAGGUUAUGGGAAACUGACGAGAGCGGAGCGACGAGAAGAGUCGGAUCCGUUGAUCGCGAUCAGCGAGACACUGGGCGCCUUGAACACCGUCGGCAGUUACAUCGUGAAUAUGACCAGAGGCGUGGAGAACUCAAAUUAUCCGCCGAAGGAAUUACCAUCGGCGAUCUACACAAUCUCGAAGAAUAUUCUGGGCCGCAACGUAACGGACAGCAUAGCGCCACUGGUACGCGGAGUGGCCCUGCCGCCUCUGCGACGAACAACGCCAAUUACCGUGCCCGAUCAAUCGUUCGUCACUUCCGAUUCAUCGUCCUCGUCUUUGUCUCCGUCGACACCAGCAUCCUCCGUGGAGAUUCUGGCGAACCGUGAGAAAGAUUUGUCCUCAUCGGUAUCAUCCGGCUGCACCACGGCCGAUGGCGCUCCAGGGAGCUGUCAGGAUCUGAGCAAUUGCCCACAGUUGUUGCUCGAUUUGACGAAACUCAGGCAAUCGUUGUGCUUCAAGAGCUUGUUCGUACCCGGCGUUUGUUGCCCGUUAACCGACAAAACGGAGUUGCCGGCGAGCCAAUCGGUGGCCGCAAUCGUGACCGGCGUGCAAUCACCCAGGCCACCGAACCGACCGACCAAGUUGCAGACACCUCGACCGAUUCCGUUGUUCCCAGUCGUGUCGUCGACCACGAACGGGCCACCUAUCGGCCCCAUCACGGACGCAUCACCGGUAGCGGGAUCCGAUUUAUCGACGAACGAACCGACCAUCUCGAGCAUCGACAACAACUUUAUCCAGGACGAUGAGGAGUGCGGUGUUAGAAACUCGGGCAAGUAUCGAGUGGUCGGUGGCGAGGAAGCUCUACCGGGUCGCUGGCCCUGGAUGGCAGCGAUAUUUCUCCACGGUUCGAAACGCACAGAAUUCUGGUGCGGCGGUUCCCUGAUCGGUCCACGACAUAUUCUCACCGCUGCUCACUGUACCCGCGAUCAACGCCAACGACCGUUCGCGGCGAAACAAUUUACCGUACGGCUCGGGGACAUAGAUCUCGAGAGGGACGACGAACCGUCCGCCCCGGAAACGUACGCGGUCAAGCAAAUCCACGCGCAUCCGAAAUUCUCACGGGUCGGCUUUUACAACGACAUCGCGGUCCUCGAGCUGACCAGACCGGUACGAAAGUCGCCGUACGUGAUACCGAUCUGCCUGCCGCAAUCGCGUUAUCGGAACGAGCGAUUCGCCGGCGCUAGACCCACCGUGGUCGGAUGGGGCACCACUUAUUACGGUGGCAAAGAGAGCACCGUGCAACGGCAAGCGGUGCUCCCGGUAUGGCGGAACGAGGACUGCAAUUCUGCUUACUUUCAACCGAUCACGAGUAACUUUUUAUGCGCGGGGUACAGCCAGGGCGGCAAAGACGCCUGUCAAGGCGAUUCCGGCGGCCCGUUGAUGCUCCGAGCCGACGGCCGAUGGAUCCAAAUCGGUAUCGUUUCGUUCGGUAACAAGUGCGGCGAACCUGGAUAUCCUGGUGUCUACACGCGCGUUACCGAAUACACCGAUUGGAUAAAGGGGAAUUUGUGAUGAUCGAGAGA